UCGUGUUGCUAUCAUAGACCUUUCAGGUGUUUUGACUUUCUUUGACUUGGAUACACGGGUAGUAGACAGUACAGGACAGCAAGUGAUAGGUGAGCAGCUGAAACUGGAACGCAAAGAUGUCUGGGAUAUGAAAUGGGCCAAAGAUAACCCAGAUCUGUUUGCAAUGAUGGAGAAAACAAGAAUGUAUGUUUUCAGAAACUUGGAUCCGGAGGAACCUAUACAAACUUCUGGAUAUAUUUGCAACUUUGAAGACUUAGAAAUCAAAUCUGUUCUUCUGGAUGAAAUAUUAAAGAAUCCUGAACAUCCUAACAAAGAUUACAUCAUCAAUUUCGAGAUUCGGUCAUUGCGAGACAGUCGAGCAUUGAUUGAAAAAGUUGGCAUUGAGGAAUCUUCCCAAUUCAUAGAAGACAAUCCACAUCCCAGACUUUGGCGUCUCCUGGCUGAAGCUGCUCUUCAGAAGCUGGAUCUGCAGACUGCUGAACAAGCUUUUGUACGUUGCAAAGAUUAUCAAGGUAUUAAAUUUGUGAAGCGUCUAGGCAACCUGCAGAGCGAAUCAAUGAAGCAAGCGGAAGUGGCAGCCUAUUUUAGCAGAUUUGAAGAAGCUGAAAGAAUGUAUCUGGAUAUGGACAGAAGAGAUCUUGCCAUUGGACUACGGAUAAAACUGGGAGACUGGUUUCGAGUAUUGCAGCUAUUGAAAACUGGCUCAGGUGCUUCAGAUGAUGCCCUUCUUGAACAAGCACACAAUGCUAUUGGAGAUUAUUUUGCAGACCGUCAGAAAUGGUUAAAUGCUGUACAGUAUUAUGUACAAGGUCGAAACCAGGAACGUUUAGCUGAAUGUUACUAUAUGCUAGAGGACUACCAAGGACUGGAGAAUCUAGCUAACUCGCUUCCAGAGAAUAAUAAAUUGCUCCCUGAUAUAGCUUAUAUGUUUGUAAGAGUGGGGAUGUGUGAACAAGCUGUGUCAGCCUUUCUGAAAUGUAAUCGACCAAAGGAUGCAGUAGAUACCUGUGUACAUCUUAACCAGUGGAAUAAAGCUGUGGAGCUGGCUAAAAAUCACAAUAUGAAAGAGAUUGGAUCCUUGUUAGCCAGAUAUGCAAGUCAUUUACUGGAAAAGAAUAAAAUCCUUGAUGCUAUAGAACUCUAUCGUAAAGCCAAUUAUUUCUUUGAAGCUGCUAAGCUCAUGUUCAAGAUUGCAGAUGAAGAGGCAAAGAAAAGGACAAAGCCUUUGCGAGUUAAAAAGCUUUAUGUAUUAUCAGCCUUACUUAUAGAACAGUGCCAUGAACAAAUGCAAAAUGCACAAAGGGGAAAAGUUAAAGGAAAAAGUUCAGAGACUGCUUCAGCUUUGGCUGGUUUGCUAGAAGAAGAUGUUCUUUCUUCAACUAAUCGCUUUGCAGACAAUGCUUGGCGAGGAGCUGAGGCUUACCAUUUUUUCAUACUUGCACAAAGACAGCUCUAUAAAGGUUCUGUAGAUGCAGCACUUAAAACAGCUCUUCAUUUGCGAGAUUAUGAAGACAUUAUCCCUGCAGUUGAAAUAUAUUCCCUUUUGGCUCUCUGUGCAUGUGCAAACAGAGCAUUUGAUAUUUGUUCAAAAGCCUUCGUUAAACUAGAAUCCUUGGAAACUCUUAGGCCAGAGCAGAGGCAACAGUAUGAAGACCUUGCUCUAGAGAUAUUCACGAGACAUUGUCCAAAGUAUAACAAAAACUCUGAUCUGGAUGAUGUUCUUGAGAGUGGAGAUGGGAAGCUUCCUGUAUGUGUUGCAACAGGAGAGCCUAUCCUGGAGUAUCGAUUCUGGAUGUGCAGUGUAUGUAAGCACUGCAUGAAAGCCAAAGAAGCAAACAAUUAUAACUUCUGUCCUCUGUGCCACAGUACAGCAUAGCAGAGGAUAAAGGACUGUUUAUCCUUGUAUCUGUUAAGUCUCCUAAAAAUACUCUCUGAAAUGUUACCGAUGUAUUAGAUUUUACAAUACAAUUCAGGUAUAUAUUGUAACAGAUAGUGCCCCUAUUAGAGAAACAUUUAAAAAAGCC